AUGGUGACCGAAUCAGAGAGUGAUACAACUCCCAACUUCAAUGGGAUCCUGAUACCAGAUGAUCCUGAAUGGAAAGAGGCUAUUGAAAAAACUGCAAACUACGUGAAGCGUAACGGCAGAGAAUUUGAGCAGAAGCUUGAUGUAACUCAAUUUCCGUUUCUGCAGGAGAAGGACCAACAUAACGGCUAUUACCAGCACCUACUAAAGCGAGAGGGAGCACAAUAUCCAAUUCUCACCGACCAUGUAGAACCAAAAAUAAAAAAGGAUGUAUUGACCAUUCCAGAGCCCUUCGUAUUCGCUACGGUGGACAGAAACGUACCGAAGAAAGACUUGGAGAUCGUGAAGAUAACUGCACUGUUUUGUGUCCAGAAUGAGAAAACAGAUUAUUUGAAUACUCUGCGGCUCAAGUGUGCCGAUAAUCCCUUACUCGCAUUUCUGAAACCGCAACAUCCUCUAAAUGAGACUUUCACCAACUUUAUCAAUCAGUACAAGCAAGUUGCUCGCCAAGAUUUUGGUUUACGAGCUUCACUUGAAGGCGAAGGAAAGUUGACGAUUCUCAGACGUUGUUUUGAGCGGGCCAAAUAUUGCGAGUAUUCACAGAGUGUUGAGGUGGAACAGGUAAGAGCACAAGAACGACUGAAAGCCAAGUUCUUUGCAUACGCUUGGGAUAUCUUCGAGAAAGUUGGAACAAUAAAUAUUGAAGAGGGCCAAGAGUGUGCCGAGCCUUUACAAUUUGAUCUUUUACGUCAAAAAACACUUCAAAAGAACGCACAGGACAAGACUUUUACCGAAUUUGUGGUAUUGUCGUCGUUAAAUCUCAAGACCGGUACUCGCGAAGAGGAGCAGAAACCCAAGAAGAAGGGAAAGAUGAGAGUUCGGGCUGCUGGUGAGACGCGAUUGAAACAAAAGAGCUUGCGCAGCGAGAGACAGGUUGAGUGCCCGAUUACUCACAGGAUGAUAGCAGAGUCGAAUUUCGACAAGCACAUCCAAGUGCUUCUGAGCGAUCCAAAUUACACAAAGGAGCGACAAGAGUACGAAGCCAAGAACAAUAUAAGCAAUCUCACAUUAGAAAGCGUUCACCAAAACAUCAAGCGCUUAUCAAAAAAUGAAAGUUCUCAAGUGCAAAAGAAGCAGAGGACGUGA